GGUGGCGCGAAUUCAAGUAAAUCGCUUAGUUGAAGCUCCAAGUACCUUCCACUGAUAGUAGAGAACAGCAGGCAGCUCUUCACACAUCAAUCCAGUGUGGACCGCGCUACACCUGUCUGUGUUUGUGUACAAGUAACAAAACAACUCUCACGGCCGAUUACAAAGGAAUUUCAAUAUCAUCAACAUGAUACGAGGUGAUCAAAUGAUUCCGACGUGAAGGUUGAGAAAACAUAGGCACUUAAAAAUGUCAACAGAAAUGCCAAAGGGACAUAGUGAAGAGCUCCGAGACUGGCUAGCAACUCAGCCACAUCUUCCUCCAAUAUCAGAUCAAAUGCUGAGAGUAUUCCAUCAUAGCUGCUUUUUUGAACUGGCAAAAACAAAGGAUUGUAUUGACACAUAUUAUUCUCUACGUGCAAAUCUUCCUGAAAUAUUUUGCAAUCGAGAUGUGAACAAGAAAGAGAUAGAAACUAGUAUUGGAAACAUAACAAACGUGAUUAUCCCAAAGAAAACACCAGAAGGCUAUCAAGUACUGUUCCAAAAAAUCCAGAGUACAGAUUAUUCAAUCUACAACUUUGAUGAAGCCUGCAAGCUUUUCAUCAUGAGUAUGGAUUCAGUAAUCAGGGAAGAAGGUCCCUUGCCAGGUUACAUGAUCCUCUUGGACUACAAAAAUGUCCGGCUUGGACAUUUGGCUAAGACGAAUAUGUCCACUCUGAAGAAAAUGUUCAAGUACAUACAGGAAGCAGCUCCAGUCAGACUUAAAUCCAUCCACAUGAUCAAUAUGAACUACUUUAUUGAGAAAGUGAUGUCUUUUGUGAAGCCUUUCAUGAACAAAGAGCUUUAUAACCUGAUCCACUUCUAUCCGGAAGGAGAACUGGAAAAGGUUCACAAAUUCAUUCCACCUGAAUGUCUCCCAGCUGACUAUGGAGGCUCACUGGAAACCACACAUUACCUGAAAGAUCAAUACAUUUCCAAGAUGAAAGACCUAACUGAUAUUAUGCUGAAAGAGGAACUUGCUUCUACUGUGAAAGAAAAUUUGCGCCCGAAAAAGCAGAAGAAGAAGAAAGAUGACAAGAAAGAUGCUGGUAUAUCAUUAAAAUCAUUGGAAAUCGACUAAAUUGAGAAAGAAUAGAAUAAUACGGCAAAAUGUUCUAUCAAAAAUAAUUUUGCUCGAAGGUUUAUGAAAUAUCUUUGGAUAUUUCUGCGCUGAAUUUCAAAAGGUGCUAAACAUUUCAAGACGUCAUCAACUAAAUUGACGCUACUUCAUCUUAUAUUCUGUCGAUCAAAAAUGAAAUAAAUGUCAGUGUUAUCAGUGUGUCGAUUUGAGAAGAUUCCAUAGAUUUUACUGUAGAGGAGCCUAUUUGGUGUUUAGGAUGAGUAGAGGCAUAUUACUAUUAAUGUAAAAACUUCAUCAAAGAAAAUUAUAGUAUGUAAAACAUGUAUGUUAUAUAAAGUGGCAUUUCUAAGAGUCCAUGUGAUUUUAUUGAUGUUAUAGUAAACAUUUCCAAACUAUCAUAGACGUAGAUGUAGGUAGGUAUUAGUACAAAUUUCUUGCUCAAAUUCCCCAUUCCCUUCUGAACUUCUUAUUCUAUCUGAUGAGUUACCAUUAUUUGAAUCAUAUAGAAAAACAUAAAUGUACAAAAUCCUUGGAAAGCAUACAAAGAAAAUGUGGAAAAUUAUGAUUGAAUUUGCCAUGCACAUUGAAUUAUAUGAUUAGAGCAGUGGAUGUUGUUGGUAAAUGUAAAGUAGUCAAAGGAAAUACAUAGACAAUUGCUAAAUGGAAGUUGAUGUCAUAAUACGGAUGAAUUUAUUUUUGUUUAAAACGUACAAUAAUGAACUAGAGCUUCAAAAUACUUUCACACAAGUUUUUUUUAUUUCAUCAACUUCUAAACACCUUAGUCAUUCAUUACUCCUGCACAUUUUACGAGUGGAAUAGGGACGAUAUUAAAAGUAAUAAACAAAAGAUUUUUCUUUACUUUUUAUUUUUUUUAUUUGAGUAGACCAACUUUACUUGAAAUUCAAUUUCAUUCACAAUUUAAAAACAUAACUCAAAUUAGGUUUACCAAUAUUUUUUUUCAUUUUUCCAACGAAAGCUUCACGAAUCACUCAUUUCCUCUAUCAUUUAUAACUAUUUUAAUAAUCCGAUUGAAAUGUCACAAAUGUUUAAGUAAUGAUCUCGGUGAAAAAAUUACAUUAUCUUGUAGAGGUCUGCAAUUCGAUUUUAUUUGCAUAUUCCGAAAAUACCAAGCAAUGAAAUCAAAUCAGAUAAAUUCCGUGUUUUUCCCCAUAUUUUACCUCAUUCAGAAUAAUUGUAUGAAAUAACGUUCUUAAACUUUUGAUACUAAACUUAUUUUUCCCAUAACAUUGGGCAAUCAAAGCUUUUAAAUUAUUCAAUACACGUGCCUGAAAUAUGUUUUUUUGCUUGAAUAUCUCAUUUUAGACCAAAGAGUUAAGUAAUUGUUGAUUACAUAAAAGGUAUUGGAAUAUGAACUAUUAGUAUUACAUGUGACAACUAAGUGGAAGAUACACUGAUAUGAAGAGAGAAUCAAUAAUCUUUCUUGAUGAAAUACCACAACGAAAACUAUAAAGAUACACAUAGUGUUUCAAUUCAACCUUUCUUGAAAUGUAAUUUAAAGUUCUCUGUUGUACUCAUGGCAUUCAUUUAUUUUCACAAUAACUCUUAAUAUAGCCCACUGUCAAAACGCAUUUUCAUGGAAAAAUUAUAUCUUUCCUGCUACAAUCAUAGUUAAGACUAAAUUUUUGGGAAGUUAAUAUUUGAAUUUUUCAUGCAAUCCAAUAGUUUCAGAGUGAAAAAUAAUAAAACUCUCAUUCUGGUUUCCAACCAUUGGAAAAUGCAUUAAUUUAUCAAGUUAUCCAAUAAUUCAUCAUGACAACACACAAAUUAAAAGAAAAACAAAACAUUUUUUUA